AGCAGCUGCGCCCCGCUUCCCUUCCUCCCGUCCCUCUUUCCCACCUCCCGCCCUCCUUCCGCGGCCCGCCUCCCGCCAGCGGCACCACCUCCGCCCGGCGCUGCGCGGCUCCCGGCAGCGCAGCCCGCCCGGCAGCCUCUCCGCGGCACCGCCGAGCCGCGCCGGCAGCCGCGCUGCCCUCCCAUGCGCGGCGCUGCGCCGCCCGCGGAGGAACGGGGACGUCCGCGCUCGCCCAGGAGCCGCCGCUGUGUGAAAGAAAAUGUCAGUCAGCAUGCAUGAAAAUCGCAAAUCUAGGGCCAGUACUGGCUCCAUAAACAUAUACUUAUUCCACAAGUCAUCCUAUGCUGAUAGUGUCCUCACUCACCUGAACCUUCUGCGUCAGCAGUGUCUCUUUACAGAUGUACUUCUCCAUGCUGGGAACAGGUCAUUCCCCUGCCACAGAGCUGUUCUAGCUGCUUGUAGCCGUUAUUUUGAAGCAAUGUUCAGUGGAGGGCUGAAAGAGAGCCAGGACAGUGAAGUCAACUUUCAUAAUUCCAUUCAUCCAGAAGUCUUGGAGCUUCUUCUGGACUAUGCGUAUUCCUCCAGGGUUAUCAUCAACGAGGAGAAUGCGGAGUCGUUGCUGGAGGCCGGUGACAUGCUGGAGUUUCAGGACAUUCGGGAUGCUUGUGCAGAAUUUCUGGAGAAAAACCUUCAUCCCACCAACUGUCUUGGCAUGCUGUUGCUGUCAGAUGCUCACCAGUGCACCAAGCUCUACGAACUCUCUUGGAGGAUGUGCCUAAGCAACUUCCAGAGUAUCAGUAAAAGUGAAGACUUCCUCCAGCUGCCAAAAGACAUGGUAGUGCAGCUCCUUUCCAGUGAAGAAUUGGAAACUGACGAUGAAAGGCUGGUAUAUGAAUCAGCUAUCAACUGGGUCAACUAUGACCUGAGUAAGCGUCACUGUUACCUGCCAGAGCUACUGCAGACAGUUAGACUGGCCCUCUUGCCAGCCAUAUACCUUAUGGAGAAUGUGGCCAUGGAAGAACUUAUCACCAAGCAAAGGAAAAGCAAAGAGAUUGUAGAAGAAUCAAUAAGAUGCAAGUUAAAGAUCUUACAGAAUGAUGGAGUUGUCACUAGUUUGUGUGCCAGACCCCGUAAAACUGGCCACUCGCUUUUUCUUUUGGGUGGCCAAACCUUUAUGUGUGACAAGCUGUACCUGGUGGACCAAAAGGCAAAAGAGAUCAUUCCAAAGGCUGACAUACCAAGUCCACGGAAAGAGUUCAGCGCUUGUGCCAUAGGCUGCAAAGUGUAUAUCACCGGGGGACGAGGGUCAGAAAACGGAGUCUCCAAAGAUGUGUGGGUGUAUGACACCCUUCAUGAGGAGUGGUCGAAGGCUGCUCCCAUGCUGGUAGCUAGGUUUGGGCAUGGAUCUGCUGAACUUAAGCACUGUCUGUAUGUAGUAGGAGGACAUACCGCAGCAACUGGUUGUCUUCCAGCUUCCCCCUCAGUAUCCUUAAAGCAAGUGGAACAAUAUGACCCAGUCACCAACAAAUGGACCAUGGUUGCCCCACUGAGAGAGGGAGUAAGCAAUGCAGCUGUAGUAAGUGCAAAGCUUAAGCUGUUUGCUUUUGGAGGUACCAGCGUUAGCCAUGACAAGCUGCCCAAAGUUCAGUGCUACGAUCAGUGUGAAAACAGAUGGACAGUACCAGCCACCUGCCCCCAGCCCUGGCGCUACACAGCUGCAGCUGUUCUGGGUAACCAGAUUUUUAUUAUGGGUGGAGAUACUGAAUUCUCUGCAUGCUCCGCUUACAAAUUCAAUAGCGAGGCGUACCAGUGGACUAAGGUGGGAGAUGUGACAGCUAAGCGAAUGAGCUGCCAUGCAGUGGCAUCUGGAAACAAAUUGUAUGUGGUCGGAGGCUACUUUGGCAUUCAGAGGUGCAAGACAUUGGACUGCUACGAUCCCACAUUAGAUGUGUGGAACAGCAUAACAACUGUGCCAUAUUCGCUAAUUCCCACGGCAUUUGUCAGCACAUGGAAGCACCUCCCCUCAUAAUUGUGUGUAUGUUGCAAUUACAAAUUAUCAGUUUACUCCUUUAUUUGGAGAAGAGAAUUGGAACCUCGGAUCUGGAGAAACGGUUUUAAUGAAGAAAGAUCAUUCAGCAUCUCUUGCAUUUGAAGAAAGUCAUCUGCACCUUGUAAAUUAUCUAACCUAGAUAUGAAGGAAUGGGAGGAAGAAAACCCAGUCUUCAGUGCUUCAGCACAUGGUUUAAAUAUGAAUAGAUGAACCAAUGAUCUGGUCCUUGUGCUAGUAAUUGUGGAUUAAUGCCAAUAUUAAUCAGUCCUUCACAGGAGAAAAAGAAGAGACAGAACUUCUCUGAGUUGUGCAGCACACAGCACCCUAUUUCCAUGGACUCUGCUGUUGAUAUGUGAAAUUUGAAAUGGUUGUCACCUCUUUUUGUGGUGGUGUGAAGUGCCAGCGCCAGCUGCAGGGGAAGCAGACCAGCUCUGAAAUGGUGAGAUGCCACUGUGGAUGAAGAUACAGUGGUAUUGCUGCUGAACUCUGCCAACUGGAGUGUGCUUGUCUGUAGGCAGUGCCUACAGCAUCUCUUAGGUCCUGCGUUGCAUUGUCCUGUGUGCAGUGAGUGACCUUCUGCUUGAUAAGGGACAGCCCAGUGGUGAAGUGUUUUUGGAACAGUGGGGAAUGAAAAUUAAAUCCCCCAAAUCCUCCUUGUUCCCUUUCCUCCCUGUAUUUAUAAGUAACUCAAAUUGUCCCAUUCCUGUUAUGUUACUUGUUGUAGAUACAGUUAUUUAUUGUUCAGUGCUUGCAUGCUGAAACAAUGCCUGCAAUUGUCUUCAUGUUGCAAGGGCUUGUGUGAAUUUUAUGUUUUGCACAUUUUGUGAUUGCUGAGUUGCUCUGCUGCACAAAGAAAGAGAACUGUUGGGUUAACAGUUGGAGGUGGGAGGGAGGAGUGGCUUCCCAGUCGGAAAUGGAAGGAUUACAAGGCAAGAUCUCAAAUUACACACAUACUAAAGGAAGAAGCCAUGGAGGUCACUUUCUCAGGCCACCAGCUCCCCAGGUUGCAUGUGGUGUGUCUUGUAGAUGGUGUCCUUGCUACAUUUCAUUUGUUGGUCAUGCCUUUCAAUUUCUAAUCUGGACAUAGCCAAAAUCUCUUGCAGCUCUCUCUUUGUGCAGCUUCCUGGUUGCAAUGCAAAUACUGUGGAAGAGCUUCUGGAUACCAAGCCCAGAUGAAGUCAUUGUCCAAAGUUAUUUAUUUAUUUAUUAGGUUGGAGGAGAGGGAUACCUACAAUAUAGCCACAUUGACCUGAAUGAGUGGAGUAUGGUGAUUCAAGAAUAAAAACAAAAAACCUCAAAGUAGGUUAUUAAACAAAAAAAGAAAAAAAAAAAGAAAAA